AUGCUACCAAUUUGUUCUAAUGAUAAACUUACAAGUAAACUGCUUAAUUUUAAAAACCUUUCUGAACCAAUUAAUUCUUUAUCUGCAGAGUUGCUGAAAAUUUCUGGUUCUAGAAAAUUGAAUGUUUCAAUUUCUGAUGACUACUAUAACGAUGAUUCACCUAAUAAAAAAACAAAAUAUCAUGAAUAA